AUGGGGCAGAAGUGCAUGGAGAACGUGUCCUCCUUCCUCUUCGAGUAUGACACCCCCAGGAUGGUGCUGGUGAGGAACAAGAAGGUGGGACUGACCUUCCGGCUGAUCCAGCUCAUCGUCCUGGCGUACAUCAUCGGGUGGGUUUUCCUCUAUGAGAAGGGCUACCAGUCUCAGGACAGCAUUGUCAGCUCGGUCUCGGUGAAGCUGAAAGGCCUGACGCUGACCAACGAGAGUGUCCUGGGCCCUCACAUCUGGGAUGUGGUGGAUUAUGUUUUCCCACCCCAGGGGGACAACUCGUUCGUGGUGAUGACCAACUUCAUUGUCACCCCUGGACAGAAACAAGGAACCUGCCCGGAGCUGCCGGACGCCGGGCUCUGCACGCAGGACAGUGACUGCAGCAAAGGGAAAUACAGCCGCCAGGGACAAGGGCUCAUGACGGGCAAGUGUGUGCAUUUCAACAGCACUGUGAAGACCUGCGAGGUCUUUGGCUGGUGCCCCGUUGAAGUUGAUGACCACGUUCCCAGCCCUGCUCUGUUGUCAGAAGCGGAGAAGUUCACCUUGUUCAUCAAGAACAGCAUCACCUUCCCCAGGUUCAAGGUGUCCAGGCGCAACUUGGUUGAGAGUGUUACCAAACAGUACCUGAAGAAAUGCACCUAUCACAAAGUCACCGAUUCCUUGUGCCCUGUGUUUGACCUGGGAUACAUAGUGAAGGAAUCGGGUCAGAAUUUUACCUUCCUGGCUGUUAAGGGCGGAGUGGUGGGCAUCACCAUAGACUGGAACUGUGACCUCGACUGGCCCGUCCGGUACUGCAAACCCAUUUACCAGUUCCACGGCCUUUACAACGACGACAGUAACGUCUCACCGGGCUUCAACUUCAGAUAUGCCAAGUACUACAAAGAAGAUGGGAUGGACAAGAGAACGCUCUACAAGGUGUUUGGGAUCCGGUUCGACAUUUUGGUGAACGGCAAGGCAGGCAAAUUUGACAUCAUCCCAACCAUGACCACAAUUGGCUCUGGAAUUGGUAUUUUUGGAGUGGCCUCUGUCCUCUGUGACCUGCUCCUGCUGCAUUUUCUCCAAGGACGUGACUAUUACAAGCAAAAGAAAUUCAAAUAUGCGGAACAGGAACCUUCGAAGUUGCAUAAGAAGGGAAAAGAGCUGGACAACACACAGUGA